CUUCUGAUGACGGAUGGCAUGGCCAAUGAGGGCCUAAGCUCACAGCAAGACAUCAUUGCCUGCUUAACGCAACGAGGCCGCUCAAUGCUGGGUUCUUCUGAACUAAGUGACGUUGUGGCUGCGAGUAUCUACACCUUUGGCUUUGGUGCUGAUCACAAUGCCACGUUGUUGCAAGCGUUGAGUGACGCUGGCAAUGGGGUCUACUACUACAUCGAUACAUCUGAGAAGAUCCCAGAGUCCUUUGCCGACUGCUUGGGUGGCUUGCUGAGCACAGCCGCUCAGAAUAUCUAUCUGGAAAUCACAGCUGAGAACGGCUUUGGAGCUAUCUAGGGGCUUUGAGAGCCCCUUGUCAGGUUCAGCAGGUUCUUCUGAACUAAGUGACGUUGUGGCUGCGAGUGUCUACACAUUUGGCUUUGGUGCUGAUCACAAUGCCACGUUGUUGCAAGCGUUGAGUGACGCUGGCAAUGGGGUCUACUACUACAUCGAUACAUCUGAGAAGAUCCCAGAGUCCUUUGCCGACUGCUUGGGUGGCUUGCUGAGCACAGCCGCUCAGAAUAUCUAUCUGGAAAUCACAGCUGAGAACGGCUUUGGAGCUAUCUAGGGGCUUUGAGAGCCCCUUGUCAGGUUCAGCAGGUUCUUCUGAACUAAGUGACGUUGUGGCUGCGAGUGUCUACACAUUUGGCUUUGGUGCUGAUCACAAUGCCACGUUGUUGCAAGCGUUGAGUGACGCUGGCAAUGGGGUCUACUACUACAUCGAUACAUCUGAGAAGAUCCCAGAGUCCUUUGCCGACUGCUUGGGUGGCUUGCUGAGCACAGCCGCUCAGAAUAUCUAUCUGGAAAUCACAGCUGAGAACGGCUUUGGAGCUAUCUAGGGGCUUUGAGAGCCCCUUGUCAGGUUCAGCAGGUUCUUCUGAACUAAGUGACGUUGUGGCUGCGAGUGUCUACACAUUUGGCUUUGGUGCUGAUCACAAUGCCACGUUGUUGCAAGCGUUGAGUGACGCUGGCAAUGGGGUCUACUACUACAUCGAUACAUCUGAGAAGAUCCCAGAGUCCUUUGCCGACUGCUUGGGUGGCUUGCUGAGCACAGCCGCUCAGAAUAUCUAUCUGGAAA